UUGGUGUGUGUGUUUGGGGUCCUCCUCGCCAGCCCCGCCCACCAAACACACCCUGACCAGUCCCACCCAGUCCAGGAUAUCUACUUCCCACAGUCAGUCCACCCACCUCAAAAUACCCACGAAGACCAGUCCACUCAUGAACAGCCCAUCCACCCAGCCCAAGACUUUCACUCAAGCCAGUUAGUCCAUCCACUUGAGACCCAGCAAACCCAGUCCACUCAGGAAGCUCAGACCAUCCACUCAGACCAGCUAGGCCAUCCGCCCUCCACGUCCCAUCAAACAGACCAGGAUAAUUCAGACCCACAGCAGUCGUCCCUUUACCCCGAGUCGUCCCAUACUCUCGUUGUUGUUACUGCGAGUGUUGAUGUGAGGCCCGAGGAACGCCAAGCCACAGAGUCACAGAAUGAGACAGAAAGUGAGCAGAUUGAGCCAAAGAGCCAGUCACAGGAGCCACAUACUGAGCCACGGAUAGAACCACUGGAUGAGUCACAGUUUGAGUUACAGAAAUACCCACAUAAUCACCCACAGAAUGAGUCACAUGAGCCACAGAUUGAGUCGUGGCUAGACCCCCUGAAAGAGUCACAGAUUGAGCAACAAGAAGACCUACAGACUGACCCACAUAAGGAGUUCCAUGAGUCACAGACUGAGUCACGAUUAAACCCACUGAAGGAGUCACAAAUCGAGCUACAGAAAGACCCACAAAGCGACCCGCAGAAUGAGUCCCAUUACCCACUGAAUGAGCUACAAACUGAGUCACAGAAAGAUGAGUCAACGGCGUAUGACUUCCCACAAGAAACGUCACAGGCUGAAUCACCUUACGAAGAGUCUGACUCGGUAGAUUUGGAGUGGAUUUCCUCGGAGAUUCUUAAGGUCAUUGCCCCAAACACUGACUCAACAACCCAGCCUGACUCCUCUUUCUCCCCUUCUCCCAACCCCACUACCACCUCUCCUACAGUUCUCAGGCCUAUGUUUGAACGCGUCACCCCAACCCCAGCCCCUUCUUCAACCUCCUCAUCCUCAUUCUCUUCUUCCCAAUCCCCGCAAGGUCCCAAUAAUUCCCAGCAGGAUGACGCCCCAUUCCAGGCUUCCCCAUUGGAUAGUGAAGUCUUUGGGGUUAAAUUCUUCCAGCCUACUCCAGCCAAGCCUGUUUUUCUCAAGCCUGCCUCUACAAAACCUUCUUCAACUAAAUCUGCCUCAGCCAAGUCACUCUCACUCAAGUCAGCCUUAGUCAAACUCGCCCCAACCAAGCCUGUUUCCAUACCCAAGCCUGGUGUUCAGAAGCCCAUUGACCCAAAGCCUGAAACUCGUCCUUCUUCUCCUCUUCAUACUCCUCUUUCUCUGCUCACACAUAAUCGACCUUCUCCGGACCAGCCUGCACCCUCCCAGCCUGGUCAUGCCCGGUCUGAACCUGUUUCUAUUCAGUCUGAUGAUCCGCAGCCUGCUACUUCGCACCUUACCUUUUCCCAGCCUGCUCAUAUCAACCCUACUCACCUCCCGCUUACUCCUCCCCAAUUACGUCCUCCUCAGCCUGCUCCUCGUCACACACCCUCGUCUUCCUACGUCCAAUAUGCCUCAUCCCACCCUGCUCACCCCCAGCCCUACCCCCACACUCCUUCCUCCCAACACAGGUCCCCUUCACCCCGGGACAAAGACUCAAUAGCCUCCAACUUGGUUCUCUCAGGGUUUGGGAGACUCAAGCCCAUCAACUUACUCCGCUCCAGCCCCGUUCACCCUCAGCCCUCCAUGCACCGCCCCUUCCGUCAUCAGCCCCGACAGAAUGAGGGUUCUGAGGAUACCGUGGACUUUCUGGUCUCCCUCGGCCCUCUCACGCUCCUCACAUCCCCGUCUUCAGCGUCCUCAACGUUCUCAGGCCUCAUCUCGCAUCCUCGGCCCGAAGAUGCUCCGCUAAUGACCCAGGAGGAAAAGAAGGGGCGAUCUAAUGAUCCGCCCGAACCCAACCCAGCCCUUGGUCGUCCCCUUUCACUCGUCGCCUCCUCGUCCAAGACAAACUCAGCCCUUAUUUCUCAUCCUCAGCCAAGUGGUGUUAGGUUCCCGUCCCAAGAGGAAAGGAAAAGGCAGUCUGGUGAUGGCCCGUCCGUCCAACCCAACUCCGCCACAAAGAAGUUUCCCCCACUUUCGUUCUUCGCUACUCAGCGUCACCCCGUGUUCAAGAGACUGCCCAGACUCACACAGGAGGAAGGGGACGAGAGCAGAGCCAUCUCCUUCUCCGUUGACGCCCCGACCCAUGCCGCCCCGCCUCACGCCGCCCCGCCCCAAGAGAAGAUUCUGAGUAAGUCCAAAGGGUUACCCACUUAUAACUAUGCUACGUCCCAUUUUACCUUGCCCCUCUCCGCCCCGACCCGAUCAAAGGAAAAGGAAGAGGAGGACAAAGGAGAAGAAAUCAAGGAAGAGGAAGGUCGGCCUAUCCCGAACUAUAACCAGCCUGGACCAGCCCCGUCCCAUCCUGCCCCAGACAAGAGACCCGUAAGGACCGUCUACCCCGCCGCCCCGCCCCCCCUCGCCCCGCAGGACAAGGCGGGCCCGAUACACCUGCCCCCGAGCCGCCCCUACUACGGCAAGCGCCCCGCCAAGUACGACUUCGGCUACGCAGUGCAUGGCGGCCCCGGCAGCGCGCCCUUCAGCCACGAGGAGCACCGCGAAGGGCCGGAGACGCGCGGUUCCUACAUAGUGGCACUCCCCGACGGCCGCAUCCAGAGGGUCACCUACUACGUCAGCGGUGACUCGGGUUUCGUGGCGGAUGUGACAUAUGAAGGAGAGGCCGUCCACCCACAUCCACGGCCACAUCCACACCCACACCCACACCCAGGGCCAGCCUACCCACACCCACACCCACGGCCCGCCCCAGGACACCCACACCCAAGACCAUUUCCCGGAUCAUCCAACCCACAGCCACACCCACGGCCCGCCCCAGGUCACCCACACGUAGAACCCUACCCAGGGCCAGACUACCCACAGCCACACCCAGGACCCCACCCAGGGCCACACCCAGGGCCUCCCCGAGCCUAUCCACGCCCACGCCCUCCUCCCCCAGGCUACCAACACCCCGGGCCAGCCUACCCACACCCAGGGCCAACAGGACACUACCACCCCGGCCCUCCCCCAGCCUUCCCUCACCCAGGCCCACCCCGAGUCUAUAGGUCAGAGCCUACAGAUGAUAACUCCAGUGAUCCUCAGCCUACGUCUCCCCACCAGUCUGCUCCAGCCUACAGAGCAGAGCAGCAGCAUGAAAAUACACAGCCUACACAGCCUGUCCGAGCCUACAGGUCAGAUCCGGUUCAUGAAUCGCAACAAAAACCUUCCCAGCCUAAAAUUCCUUCCUCAGCCUACACGUCUGAGUCAAAAGCCCAGUCUGCACAGCCUUCCCCAGCCUACAGGUCAAAGUCGACAUCCCAACAGCCUGAUAAGUCCACUCAGCCUCCUCAGUCUUCGUUAAGGUACAGCGUCAGUCUGCCACAUCAGCCUACGGCGCCGACACAGCCUGCAGCGUUACCACAGGCGUAGCACAACCCCACCCCACCCUCACCUCCCCUCGCUGCAGCAUAUGUAUAGGAUAUUAGGUUAUGUUGUUAUUUUUUUAUACUGACCUUCCUCCUCCUGAUCCUCCUCCUCCUCCUCCUUCUUCCCGAUACUUGUUAACGGUGAUGUUGAAAUCUUGAUAAGAGUUGUCUGUAAUUUCUUGAGCUAAUCUUUGCCCACCUCCUCCCAUUUCUCCUCCUCCUCCUCCUCCUCCUCUCUCAUCCCUGUUAACUGUGAUGAUGAUAAUGUUGAUAA